ACCUCUUACUCUCCCUCCUUAACUCCAGGGCAGGCAAGACAAGACGAAAGGCAGGGCAGCAUGAGCCGAUCACCCCCCAACGCCAUACAACUCCGAUCCGUGGGCUCCCAGAGUACCAUGGCUUCCCUGCCGCAACCGUCUGCUGUCCAAAAUCCCUCCUGUCACUCUUGGACCUCUCUGUGUGGGUCUCCUCCCUGGGGCCUCAGCUGUCUUCUGGCUCUGCAGCAUAUCUUGGUCCUGGCUUCUCUGCUCUGCGCCUCCCACCUGCUCCUGCUUCAAAGUCUCCCUGCAGGAGGACUCUCUUCCUCCCCUGCCCAGCUCCUGGCCUCCAGCCUCUUUUCAUGUGGCGUGUCUACAGCCCUGCAAACUUGGAUGGGCAGCAGGCUGCCUCUUAUCCAGGCUCCAUCCUUAGAGUUUCUUAUCCCUGGUCUGGUGCUGACCAGUCAGAAGCUACCUCUGACCACCCGGACACCUGGAAACUCCUCCCUUGUGCUGCGCCUGUGUGGGGGACCUGGCUGCCAUGGCCUGGAGCUCUGGAACACUUCUCUCCGAGAAGUGUCCGGGGCCGUGGUGGUCUCCGGGCUGCUGCAGGUCACGCUGGGGCUGUUCGGGGGUCCUGGCCACUUGUUCCCCCACUGUGGGCCCCUGGUGCUGGCCCCCAGCCUAGUUGUGGCAGGGCUCUCGGCCCACAGGGAGGUAGCCCUGUUCUGCUCUGCUCACUGGGGCCUGGCAUCGCUGUACGCUUAUCCUGCUCAUGGUGGUCUGUUCUCAGCACCUGGGCUCCCGCCUGUUACCGCCUCACCCCUGGAGGCCAGCUUCAACCUCUCCAACCCACACUCACAUCCCUGUCUUCAGGCUCCUCUCGGUAUGUGGAGGUCUGGGCAGGGGCAGUUGAAGUUAGAAGGGCUGGCACGGAAUGCUCACUCGGCCCCCUACCUUUUGCUUUCUGUCUACCCCUCCAAGGCUGGCUUGAAAAGUUCUGGGGGAGGGGUUCUUUCCCGUCUCAGUCUUGUCCCUCAGGUGCUGAUCCCAGUAGCUUGUGUGUGGAUCAUCUCUGCCCUUCUGGGUCUCAGCAUCAUCCCCCGGGAGCUGUCUGCCGAGGCACCGUGGUUUUGGCUGCCUCACCCAGCUGAGUGGGACUGGCCCUUGCUGACACCCAGGGCUCUGGCUGCAGGCAUCUCUAUGGCCUUGGCAGCUUCCACCAGCUCCCUGGGCUGCUACGCCCUGUGUGGCCAGCUGCUGCAUUUGCCUUCUCCACCUCCGCAUGCCUGUAGCCGAGGGCUGAGCCUGGAGGGUCUGGGCAGUGUGCUGGCCGGGCUGUUGGGGAGCCCCAUGGGCACUGCAUCCAGCUUCCCCAACGUGGGCACAGUGAGUCUUCUCCAGGCUGGAUCUCGGCGAGUGGCCCACUUGGUGGGGCUGCUCUGCGUGGCGCUUGGGCUCUCCCCGAGGCUGGUCCAGCUCCUCACCACCAUCCCGCUGCCUGUGCUUGGUGGGGUGCUGGGGGUGACCCAGGCCGUGGUUCUGUCUACUGGAUUCUCCAGCUUCCACUUGGCUGACAUUGACUCUGGGCGGAAUGUCUUCAUUGUUGGCUUCUCCAUCUUCAUGGCCCUGUUGCUGCCAAGAUGGUUUCGGGAAGCUCCAGUCCUACUGAGCACAGGCUGGAGCCCCUUGGAUGUGUUACUACGCUCACUGCUCACAGAGCCCAUCUUCCUGGCGGGACUCUUGGGCUUCUUCCUAGAGAACACCAUUCCUGGCACACAGCUUGAGCGAGGCCUAGGUCAAGGGCUGCCAUCUUCUUUCACUGCCCAAGAGGUUCGGAUGCCUCAGAAGUCCAGGGAGAAGGCUGCUCAAGAGUAUGAGCUUCCUUUCUCCAUCCAAAACCUGUGUCCCUGCAUUCCCCAGCCCCUCCGUUGCCUCUGCCCACUGCCCGAAGACUCUGGGAAUGAAGAAGGAGGGCCCUCUGAGCCAGGAGAGACAGCCGACUUGCUGCCUGGCUUUGGGGAGCAGUGCCCUGGGUCUAGCAGAGAAGAACUUAGGUCCCAGUAAUUACCAGGACUCCAGCUUCCACCUUGAUUACUUUAGCCCUAUCUCUCAGCUUGCUGGAGAGCCAGAUCCCAGGCUUUCCUUUCUCCCAGGGAGAGGAUGUGUGUGUGUGUCUCACACGGGCCCACCUAAAGGUCUCAUUUCCCAACAGGUGUGUUUGCCUUUCCUUCUCUUAAUUAGGCCCAACUGUUCCAGAGCAGGGCCAUGGUUUAGUGGGCCAUGAUUGAAUGAUAUUUUGCCUGUGAACUAUCUAUACUCGAACCCCAGCAUUCACUAACUGAUAUUUAUUGUGCCUCCUAUGUGCAAGGUCCUGGAAAUACAGAUAUGGAUAAGACAGGGUCCCUGCCCUCUCAAACACUUAUGGUUUAAAAAGACAUGUAAUUACCAAC